CACACUUCUCGGAGUGUUGUUUCCUGUGAUCAGUCCAUGAUUAAAGACACUAACGACAACAGUUUAAUACAAAGUAUGCUUUGCACAGUUAUACAUACAGCUUUAAUUGACUUAAUAGUGAUGACUAUUUUCAUAAUGGGAGUAAUCCCAUGCAAACAAAAAAUGUUUCGAAAAGUGUCCAGUAUUCCAGUGAUAGUGGAUGCUUGCGACCUCUGGAAAGGUGUUGUUUCGAGACUGGUGGAUUGUUCCAAUACAUGCUUAAGAGAUGAUCAGUGUGUUCUCUUCACGUAUGCUGAAAAUGGAACAUGUUCUACAUAUUGUAACGUCGGAACGGAGGUUGAAGCUGCGCAUGGAUAUGUCUCUGUUUCAGACACAUGUCAGCCUGGUUUUGUGAAAUACGAAAACAGCUGUUACUGGUUUUCACCGAAAUCAGCGGUCCGAUCAUGGGAUGAAGGCAAGGCAUAUUGCCUAAACAUGACUUCCUACCUUGUCAUCAUAACGUCAGCUCAAGAAGACAAAUUCAUCCGGGAAUAUCUGUUACAAAAUGCAGCGAAUUCUGGUUACUGGAUCGGGGCAAACGAUCAACAAGUUGAAGGUAAUUUUCAGUGGAUGUCAACCGGAUCACAUAAACCUGUAAACUACACCAACUGGUACCCAGACCAACCAAAUAACGGAAAAGGGGAACACAACUGCGUAGAACUGCGGCAGCAACAUGGCUUCCGUUGGAAUGACUGGUUUUGUUCUGAUAGAAGAGGAUUCAUCUGUGAACAGUUUUAGAAGACGAGCAGUAUGAAAACAACACGUGUGAACUCUGAUGACAGGGUUGUAUUAUGUUGCGUUUUCAAUGUAUCGCUGUUAGAUUUAGUAAAAUAAUGAUCUGAUCUGAACUGUUUUUACGUGCGCAUAUCACGCUAUGUUUUCGAGCACGCCCAUCAAUGUGGCGCAGGGUUAAUCUGUGAAAAGUUUUAGAAGCACUGGAUAUUACUACUGCUACUACUACUACUACUACUACUACUACUACUACUACUACUAAGCACUAACUUAACAGGUGAGCACGUUAACAGUCCCAACAUACCUUAUGAUAUUAUAUCAAAUAUUGAUGUAGCCUCUGACAGUGACAAUUUAAGUAAUGUUGCUAUAAGAAAUAACUUACCUUAUGAUUUACUUAAAGGGACAUUCCUGAGUUUUUUGCAUUGUAAGA